CGACGGCGAGGGGCGGGGCUUCCGGCGGCGACGCGCAGCGGACGGGCGUCACGUGACACGGAAGUGACUCCGAACAGGAAGAGGACGGAAAAAAAAUAACCGUCCGCGACGCCGAGUGGGAGCGGACCCGCAGCCACCAUGAACAGCAAAGGGCAGUAUCCAACACAGCCUACCUACCCUGUGCAGCCUCCGGGGAGUGCAGUGUACCCUCAGACCUUACACCUUCCUCAGGCUCCACCCUACACUGAUGCGCCACCUGCAUACUCAGAGCUCUAUCGUCCAAGCUUUGUUCAUCCAGGGGCUGCCACGGUGCCCACCAUGUCAGCUGCAUUUCCUGGCGCCUCUCUGUACCUGCCUAUGGCUCAGUCUGUGGCUGUCGGGCCUUUGGGCUCCACAAUCCCCAUGGCCUAUUACCCAGUUGGUCCCAUCUACCCACCCGGCUCAGCAGUGCUGGUGGAAGGAGGGUAUGAUGCUGGAGCCAGAUUUGGAGCUGGCGCUACUGCUGGCAACAUUCCUCCUCCACCUCCCGGAUGCCCUCCCAAUGCUGCGCAGCUUGCCGUCAUGCAGGGGGCCAACGUCCUGGUAACCCAGCGCAAGGGAAACUUCUUCAUGGGUGGCUCAGACGGCGGCUACACCAUUUGGUGAGGAGCCGUGGCCACUCCUGUGCCGGGAAAGACAUCACAUACCUUCAGCACUUCUCACAA